UGAGGUUAUGACAAAAAUUUUAUAACCUUAAAAUUAAAAUAUUUUGUACUUUUUCUUGUAGUAAUUUUAGAAAUACUUCAUUUUGAUGUAAUAAUAGAAAGGGGUUGAUAAAAUCCAUCAUCGCCGACUGUACUCAUCAAGGAUAAAUGGAUGGAAUCUAAAGCGCACUCCCCAAAAUAAAACUCCUUGUAUUUUUCUAUUAUUGUCGACGCGUCAAAAUUUUGUUUUUUCACCCAUCUUCUUUUCUUUGGGGUUCCGCUUUCUUUCCGAUAUUUCGUGUUAAUUAGGGUCAUGUGUAAUUUGACAUUGUCUUGAUAUGUCCUUACAAGGCCUUUAAAAAACAUUGCAAAACGAUUUAGGAGUAUUUUUUAUAAUAGGUUAUUACCUCUCUCGUAAAAAUGAUCAGACAAGUCAUUGACGAGUUUUUGUAAAUUGAAUUCUUCAUUUUCUCCGACAAUGGUUGCGUUUGCAUAAAGAACGUCCACUUUUUUCAAAUUAGUGGUCAUGCAAUCAAUUCCGGAUAUUUUAAUUGUGAUGGGACCUGUUUUUUUAAUAAGAGGACUAAAAAAUUAACGAUUAAAUACCAAAGCAAUGACAGCGCGUCCAUUACGUACUCAAAUAUCAUAGUUUUAUAAUCUUGUAACGCUUUAAUCGCUUCUAAUUUUUCGUGAUCGUCCAAUAAAGUGAACACUACCACAGUUAAAUGCAAUUUCAGAGGACUUAUAAAUAUUGAUUCAUGCAUUCCUUCUAUUUUAUCGCCAUUUAAAAUAUUGUCCUGUAAAUAAUCUCUAAUUAUUGAUUUGAUAAGAGAUACGAAAUUACUUUAAAUUUGUUAAAAUUCGCGAUAAUUUCAUCGCUUUGUGUCCGUAUUGAAACAAACUGGAGGGCUUUAAGGUGGUCUCUGAUUUCGCCGAGAAUUGAAUGGAUUUCAUCCCUUGCAUCAGUUAUAGUUUCCUCACUUUCGCCCGUAAUUAUUAAAUUGCCACUAGUAGGAAUCGUAAUGUUAGUUUUUGUGGUGUUUUCGAGAAUUUUCAAGUCCCAAUGUGGGAAUUUCUUGAGUUGCGCGUAAUACACUCUAAAAAAAAUUACAGCAAUGCAAUAAAGACAUAAGAGAGGCAUUACGGUGGAAGGACAAAACUAGUAAACAAUUUCCCUUCAUCGUUUUUAUUAAUUACGUAUUUCGUAUUGUGCACUGUUUGUGUGUCUAAAAAAUCAAAAUAAACAAAGUGACAUAACCCCACUUUCUCAACUGACCUACAAAUUUCUUAGCCUUUUUGUUAAAUGUUCGCAAUUCGAAGCAUGUUCCAUCAAUCCAGAAUUUUUUCGGCUUGCACGUACCCAAGACACGUUUCAUUUUUGCGAUUUGUGGAAAAUUUUCCCGAUUCCGAUUUGGGCAAUUGACAUAAUCCCAUUAUCUCGAAUAAGGUUAUGUCAGAUAAAAAGAAUAAUUGCGCAAUUGUGUUUUUCCGUUUAAUUUACCUCAAAUCGUGCCGUUGUUCAUACUUGUUCAGCGACAAAACGUUUUAAUUUCCUGUAAUCGAUGAUUUGAAUCGGUGAGGUGUUGAAGCAAAUCCGAUUCGCUCGAAUGACAUUUGCUCACUUUGGGGCCUGGUGUUUUCAAUAAUGGCAACAAUCAAAAUACCGGAGCAAAAAGUAAUUCUUUGUGGCGAAUAUGGUGUUGGCAAAAGCUCGAUUUUUCGUAGAUUUACUAAUAAUACUUUCGUGACAGCGACGGAUAGGAAGUCUACUUUAGGGCUCGAUCAUUACUCGAAAACGUACCGCGUUUGCGAUAGGGAUUUGAAGUUGCAAUUGUGGGACACUGGAGGGAUGGAAAGGGUGGCGUCAAUAACGUCGAGUUAUUACAAGUUUGCAGAGGCGGCCGUUUUGGUUUUUGCCCUUGACAAUCCUGCUUCGUUUCAUGUCUUAUCCCAACACCUUCUUGAUAUUGUUACUUACGCCGAGAAUGCCAAGAUUUUUUUAUGUGGAAAUAAAGAGGAUUUGUUGAGUAAUGUUCCUCAAAUAACUGAUUCCGAAAUUGAGGCGUUUUGCGAACAAUGUCACAAUUUGAUAACUGGAACGUACAAAACAUCGUGUAAGACGGGAGAAGGGAUUGAAGAAAUGUUUACUGAUAUUGCAUAUCAACUGGUACAGUCAAAUAGGUCCAGACUUGAAUUGCAAUCAAUGGAACAGCAUGGGUUUAAAAUCACACCCACAGAAGAAGUUCCUGAAGAUUCGUGUUUGUGUUAAAUCAUUUUAAAUGAAGAAAGUCCUCUUAACUGUGAUUAUAUUUUACAAAAAAAUCUCAUAGAUUAGUUGACUCCUUUAAUGUAUUUUGCACCAGGAGUUGUUUUCCAGCUUGUUUGCACUUUGCUUGUUAUAUUUUGUAGUGCCAAAGAAAAGUCUGAAUUUGGAUAUUUGUAAGAAUGAAAUUAUACGAUUUUUUUUAAUUAAAAAUUAAAACAAUAAACACUU